CUCUCUUUCCUUCGAUAACUUUCUUCUGGCUCGUUCUUAGCUCAAUCCAAUGGGGCAAAAAGCACUUUUAACGCAGAAUCUGGUGUACGAUCGGCAGACGUCGCCACCAUCUAAUUAACCUAUUUUCGGUCGCAAAACACCAAAAAGGUAACUGAGUAAGCUCAAUCCAGUGGGGCAAAAAGCACCUUUAACGCAGAAUCUGGUGUACGAUCGAUAGACGUUGCCACCAUCUAAUCAAUCUAUUUUCGGUCGCAAAACACGAAAAAGGCAUGGCUGAGAUGACUAGGUUAAUAAUGAAGGGAGCUGUGGCGCUAGGAUCAGCUGCAGUUGCAGGCAAGUUGUACGAAGACGGGAGAAGCUUGAUUGGUCCUUCACUUGGCGAAAUGAAGGAGCUUGCACAAGAUAUAGAAGCAAAUUAUCAAAUGAUGAAAGGCACUGCUGAAUUACUGAAAGGUAAGACAGAGGAUAUAUUGGGCAAAAUAAAGAGUGAGAAGGAACAUGAGUCUACAGAUGAAUGUAAUGCGUGGAUUAAUAGGGCCAAAGAACUUGAAGCUGGGGUGGAGAUUCUGGAUUCCAAGUAUUCCACUGAAAAAGAUAAAGGGCUUUGGAGUUUCAAUUUAAGCAAAGCCCUGAAAAAGAAACUUGAGGAACUGCGACAAUGGUUGGAAGAGGGGAGGAAAAUAGUAGUAUCGGUGGAGAGAAAACCACCACGCAUUAUUAGAGUUCCGGCACCAAAAAUAGAAGAUAAGUCAUCACUCAAUGCAAUUUUUGAAAAGAUGACAGCCUGUUUUCGAGAUGAUCAAGUGAAAAUAAUUGGACUUUGGGGGAAGGUAGGAGUUGGGAAAACAGCAAUCAUGGAAAAUUUGAACAAUAGUAAACAAGCUGAAGAGUUUGAUAUAGUCAUUUUUGCUACUCUAACUUACGAAAUGAAUGAAGAAAAAUUGAACUUUGAAAAUGAAGAGUUAAAGCGCAAAGCUCUGGAAUUGGCAGAAGAAAAGUUGAGAUGGGAAAUUGCAAGACGGCUCAAGUUGAAAAUAGAACCUGGUACGCCCAAAAGCGAGAUAAAUUUUAUAAUAUCAGAACAGUUAGAGAAGAAGAAGUGUUUGUUUCUUCUGGAUGAUGUUCAGCAUGUAUUUAAGCUAGAUGAUAUUGGCAUCAACAACAUCAACAGGAACAACAAGGUGAUAUUGGCAUCAAGAAAUCAGAAUAUUUGUUGGGCUAUGGAUAGUGAUGAGAUUGUAGAGGUGGAAGAACUGCCAAUAGAAGAGGCAGUUGUACUAUUCAAAGAAAAACUGGGUCCUCAAGGCAAGCAUCCACAAUUUGAGCAAGUAGCUAUGCUGGUUGUUGAGCAUUGUUCUUGUUUGCCACUCUUAAUCGGAAAAGUAGCAGGGUUUUUCAAAUGUAGAGCCCGUCACAAUUGGACAUACUUGCUCAAAAAUUUUCAAAAUUGGCUUUAUAAUGACUUCGACGGCAUGGUUGAGGUUCUCAAAAAAAUUAGAUUUUGUUUUGAAAGAUUAGAUCAUAAGGAUAAAAAGCAUUGCUUUCUCUAUUGUGCAUUACACACAGAAGGUUGCGAAAUUUCUACUAAUCAUUUGGUAGAAUGCUGCAAAGCUGAAGAUUUCUUUCCUGAUGUGGGCACAGGGCAUGGUAUAGUGGAUGAUCUAAUCAAUGCAUCUUUGCUCGAGAAAGCUAAAAAGAAGAAAUGUGUAAAGAUGAACAAAGUGCUUCGAAAUAUGGCAUUGAAGAUCUUAUCAGAAUGGGAUGAUUUGAAAUUUUUGGUAAAAGCUGGUGUAUUGGUAGAGCCGCUAAGUGAUAUGGAAUGGGAGGAUGCAAAACGAAUCUCUUUGAUGGAUAACGGUCAUAGAUUGAGAUCUUUACCAGAAGAACCCAAUUGCGCCAACCUCAGAACAUUGUUUCUCCAAAGAAGUUUUGCUUUAACAGCUAUUCCUGAUGAUUUCUUUCGAUUUAUGCAGGAUCUUCGAGUUUUAGACCUCCGUGGCACUGAAGUCAAAAAAUUACCAUCUCCAUUUCACUUGAAAUGUCUGCAAGUGCUAUACUUAAGUUGUGACCAAUUAAUGGAACUCCCCUCCAGAAUGAAACUUGAGAAUCUUGAGGUUCUUGACAUUCGGGGCACCCGUAUUUAUUGUCUGCCAGUCCAAAUUAGCAAUAUGAAAAAGCUGCGAUGCUUACGCAUCUCAUUUUCAAAUGUUGAUGGAGAAUCAGACAGGGCAGAGGAACAUCUGGGUGUCAUCUCCAAUCUCUCUUUGCUAGAAGAAUUGGUCCUUGAAGUGAAAGCACAAAAUCAGUGGUGUAACCAUGCUAUGAAAAAUAUAACAAGAGAGGUGGCUACAUUGACAAAAUUAACUUCUCUUUUAUUUUGCUUUUAUGAUGAGGAAUCUUUUAAGACAUUUCUUGAUAAUAGCAAGUGGUGGCAAAAUCCCAAUUUCACACUUCAAAUUUGUGUCGGUCAACAUGACUCAAUCAGGCGCUUGAAAUCUGAAAAUGCAGAAUGCAAAGAUAACGCAAUAAUAUCAAGCUUGGUGGUUGUAAUUACCAAUGAUACAUAUGAACUCAUCGGCCACAAGGAAGCUUGGAGCAUAUCAAACUUUGGCAUUGAGAAUAUUAAUGAGUUGAAGUGCUGCAUAAUUGAAGGGUGCAAAGAGAUUCGAACAGUUAUCGAUGCUACUGAAACUAUGGAAGGUGUGCUAGAACAAUUGGAGAAGAUUUACAUCAGCAAUGUCCCGAUGUUGGAAAGUAUUUGGGAGGGCAACGUACCAGAUGGAAGCCUGGCACAGCUUACUGUUUUUUGUUUAUAUGACUGCUCAAAUCUCAAGACGGUAUUCUCCUCUGCCAUGAUUAAACAGCUUUCUAAACUUCAACACUUGCAAAUUGAGGAUUGUCCUAAAAUUGAGCAGUUAAUUGUGGAGUCUGAGAAUGAUGGUUUGGAACAAUUAGAGCUUCCUUGUUUGACAACAUUGGUGCUUCGGAACCUGCCAGCAAUAGAAAGCAUUUGGAAGAAUAACUUGAUUUGCCCUCAUUUGGGGCCACCCGUGAAAGAGAAUUGUGAACAGUUGGACGUUCAAUUCUCUGAACCAAUCGACGAAUUCGGUGUAGUUAUAACUGUCAUUUCAAACAUUCGCCCAAUAAGCUGAUACGGCAUGCUGAACACUGGUUAGCAAACAGGGUCUAUUUUCUUCCUACGGGAUGCAUAUAUUUGAUAGCUUUGAUGGUUUUUUUCCACACUAUUUAUUGUGUUUUGCUAUGUAAUGUCAAUCUUGAACUGCUUGUUAGUAAUGUAUGUGUGAUUGUAUGUAGUGUGAGUGUUAAUCCACCGUGAGACUGAAUCAUUGUGAUUACUGCUUAUCAAAGAACUAGUUCUUUAAGUAA